AAUCAUAUGUUUUUCUAUAGAUGCUCGCUGUGGUGUUUUUAGUUUACUACCGAAUCUUAGGCGUUAUUAUGGAUGGCAUCCGGGUAAAAGAUUAUUCAAUUGGUUCGGGGAUCAACUUUACCAAAUGACACAGAACAGAGACAUUACGUUCUUGGAGCUUUACACCAAGUACAAGAAGGAGCUAUGCAUUGUCGUCACCAAUAUCAAUCAAAUGGAUGCGGAAUAUUGUCACGUGAAAACAACUCCUAAUCUUCCUAUCAGAAUCGCUGUUAGAAUGUCAAUGGCAAUACCUGGUUUGUUUGGCUGCGUGAAAUACUUCAACUAUGGAACCACAGAUAUAUAUGUAGAUGGUGGACUACUUUGCAACUAUCCUAUACACUGUUUUGACGGCUGGUGGUUAUCUCUAAAUGAAAACGAUAGCUUUCUUCGUCGAUUACAACCACUAGAAGAUAUUAGUCGACUGUGGGAUAAAAAAGAACGUUUUGGGACGCCGACAAACAAGACUAUCGGGUUACUUUUGUAUUCGAGUGACGAGUCGGAGCUUAUGGUGUCAAAGCUGAACCAACGCGUAGGACUCACUGAUCCACCUGAACGACCCGACACAAAAUUAUCUAGGAAGAGGGCUGAGGUGAGAGCCAAGAAAUUGAACGCAAGUCGUGAGCACGCUAUCAUUACUGAAGCAAUGUCCAUGUUUAUGCAGGUUCUGGUAGAAAAUAAUAUCAGUGAUGCGCACACUGUAUCCAAAGAAGAACUUAAAAUCGCCUUUGACAAGGUCGGAGACAAGUUCACUGAAGCACAUGCAAAGCGGCUGUUUGGUAAAAACUACAAUGUAAAUGACGUUUUCAAUAGUUUAGAUACAAAUCACGAUGGGAAGAUUAACUUUCAAGAAUUGAUGGCGUUUAUCGAGAGAAGAGGAAUCGGUAUACAAUCGCACUUCCUCGGGUAUGAUCGGCGGAAUGUGAACAGCUUUUCGGAGUUCUUGGGAACGCUACAGGAAUCCUUAUUAGUCAACGUAAAACGUGUUUUUGUUGAAAAAGGUGAUAUCGAAAGGACUGUUGGUAUUGAUACUGUAUAUUUAAAUACAACGGACUUUAACAUGGAAGCCGCAGACAAAGAUUUUCUUGUUACUCAAGGGGCAAGAGCAAUGCGGUCGUUUCUUCGACACUGGGUUCGUGACAAUAAUCCAAAUCGUAAACUGGAGUCAGAUGAUGAAUCAAGAAAGAACGAGGGAAAAGAGUCGGAAGAUCACGACACGAUACUCUAGAUAUGAUGUUUUCUACGAUUGUGCCGAUAUGACGCUUUUCUCUGUUCCAGCAAACGACACAAUACCUUGGGCUUGCAUUCCGUUAUAAUUGUGAUGCAUCAUUAUUUCAAGCAAACGAUACGGACAUAGCGACUUUCAGAGUUUGACGAAUUACGCUUUUAUCAGCAAACGAUACGUUAGUCUUGUACAGGUACGGUAUUUCAUUCCGCCGUGACCUAUCUGUUCAAUAUGGGGUAGUAGAUCAAGCAAAUCAUAUCUUCAAACGACAUUUUAAAACUAAUAUAAGCCUUAGGCCUAUUUAUUUGUUAAAUUUACAAUUAACCCCAAAAAACAUCAUUGCAUUCCUAAUUGUUAAUGAAAGAGAGGAAAAGCAAGACGGAACACGUUAAGAGGAAGAAGAUAAGUAAGAUCGUGCUCUGGACUCCCGACAAGUAAACGAGCUUUCGUUAAGCAUUAGCAUUUAGGCCCAAGAACAACACCUGACAUGUAUCUUCACAUGAAUUCGGCUGUCACGUCGAAUGAUGUUUUUUUGCAAGGAGAGUUCGAAUGAAAAUGUACACUUUUGUUAAUUGCCUACCUGAAUACAUAAGCAGUACAAUCCUAUAGAGUAACUCAAUUAAUACAUAAUCAUAUACCUUCGUGUAGCUCUAAUAUUUAUCAUUAAAAUGUACAAUUUCUAUAAAUAUUAGGCAGUCAGUGUCUAGCUGAGUACAUAAUCUCAUUGUCUCUUAUUUUAAGUCCUAAUGUAUUAGCCUUUACAAGUUGAUUUAGUCUUAUUUUUUGUCAGUGUGGCUAUCUCAUUACUUUAUGUCAUUAUUAUUGUUGAAUUCAUCCGUAUUAAUCAGCAUGCCUUUUGAAAUUACCAUCCGCAGCUGACCAUCUUGUAGCUCUUUAUUGACGCAAAAGCAAGCGGAUUUUGUAUGCUUCAUCUCUCCCUUUUGCUUCAAUCAAAGCGUGUAGUAUGACAGCCGCAACCUGUUGCAUAGGUCUCUUUGAAUAUAUACAUACCAAAAUCUGAGGCAUACCGUAAUGUUUUGCUUGUGUUUAAAAAAGGUAAAAAUUACCGCUCUAGUGAACCAAUCUUGUAACCUCCUUCCUGGUGGAAGAGUUACGUACUGUUUAGGCCUAACCGUAAAUCAAUGACUGACUUUACAAACAUCGAAAAGGCGUUUUACUUGGUCACUGGGAGUCUUAACCAGCGAGUUGCACUCCUGCGCGCAAGUUAUAAACCAAAAAUUCCAGGUAGUGCAUUGCUUUCGGAUCAACGUAGUGGAUACUAAUGAGGUAAUCAGAACAACACUCUUCUCCCUGCACAUGGAAGAAUAAAUAGUUAGGCCUAAACAAAUAGGUGUAAUAGGUAUAUGUAUGUAUAAUAAUAAAUAAAUGUAAUAAUGAAUAUGUA